GCCAGGGUCACGUACGCUCACUCAAUGGUCUUAACGUACUACUACCUAUUACUACUACUACCAUCUCCACCGCUACUCUUCUUCUUCUUUGUCGUCGUGGUCGUCGUCAACGUUGAGUCGGUCGAUGUAUUAGGAUGUCGAGCAGGAACAACUCUCGGUUUUCUACUCUCAAAGUAUUCAAAUUUAACAAGGAAAGACCGCCGCCUCCUCCUCCUCCCAAGGACGACCAAUACUUCCAACAAGGAUUACAAGUACAAGGAGGUCCUUAUGGUUCAAGUAAAUCGCUUUACAACCCGAGCGUAACUUCUUUGUCUCCUCCUGCCGACCUACUACCAUCACUACCAACAACGCCUGACUAUAACCGGGCUUCACCUGAGUCCGCUCCUUCAGUUCGUUCUUUUGGUCCUGCAAUGUCUAUAGAGAGCGAGAAAUCAAAGCGAAGCUUAUUCAAGUUUUCGUCAAUGGGCAAGCGUAAUAGGUCAACACGGAAUCUCAUGGAAACAGAAGAUCCCGAGCCUCCUCAAGAGGACGAGAGCAUUUCUAGGCCUUGGAAUUUCCAGCAUCAUAUUCAUGUUGAUGAGGGAUUCAUAGGACUUCCUCCUUCAUGGUCUAAUGCCCUUUCCCAAGCUGGUUUCACCGAAGACGAAAUCGCAGCAAUUCACGCCCGCCGCAUAGCUACUCGUAGAAAUCCAAAUACAUCCCGUCCUGAUUCACCACUCUCCAUUCUUCACCACCCAGCACCCCGAAGUUCAUCCCUUGCAGCCUGCUCAUCAAACGCAACGCUCAUAGCAAGUGCCUACAUCAACGCUCCAUCACCAACCUCCUUCAACUUCCCCCCAUCUCGCGAAUCCUCAUUCACCGCCACAUCCUCCUCACACUCGCACUCUGCUCUCGAACGAGACACAGUAGACACACAGUACGUAUUCGUCAACGGUACAGGGCACGAAAGCAUGAUUGACCCAUACCCCCUCGAUACCCAAUCCGUAUCCACACACCACAGCAGCUCCAAUCACACAAAUGCACCUCAAAUCGCUCGUGUUCAAUCUGAGGCUCCUCCUCGGACUAACUCAGGCCACACCCCGAGCCCCCUAGUGUAUUCUCACAGCUUGCCUUUGAGCAAUCAUCCUCUCGAUAUGCAUAGCAUACGUAGUGCUUCCCCACGCACGCCUCCGAGGAGAAUGUUCCAUGUUGCCAAUGCGGACGAGUCGCCGCCUCCUGCUUAUCACUCUCCAGUCCGUACCUCUUUUCUUCGGGAUAAACCUGGAUUCCCAUCAGAUGAGUCUGGAAGUGGGAUAGACAAAGAGUCUGGACAACUAAAGAAGAAAGAACGGGAUAUGGAUUCGAUCUUGGAUAUCUCAGCAACAGCGGACACCACCUCUUCGUCGCUCCGUACAGACGCAGUCGUGGAUCUUUCACUUCCGGAUGUUGAUCCUGCACUGCUGAAUAGGCACUUGAGCCCGACGCCCCCACUGGUCAUUGAUAAGAGGCUAACGAAAGUGGGUGCGUUGCCUCCGAGGCUUAGUUUUCACUUGAGCUCGGAUUUGGGGGAUUGGGGGGGCUGGGUUGCUUAGUGGUAUGGAAGACGAGAGUGGAAAUGAGAAUGGGAGUAGGAGUAGACUUGAAGACCGACUAGGACUCUCAAAACCAGGGAGAUUCGUCGAGUCGAAGCGGAAGAACUCCUCAGUAAAUAGAGGGGAAGGCAGCAGCAACUCGCUCCUCCCUGGAUUCUCAUUCCCUUCUUCCUCCCGACUAUCACCAUUACCAUCGCUAUCACUGUCCCCAUCGACAUCAACAUCACGCUCUCCAUCAACUUCAUCUCGUCCAUCAACACCAUCAUCUUCAAAAUCGCACUCUCCUAUCACUUCAACAGCUACAUCGACGCCGUCUACCUCCCCUUCUCCUUCUGCCCCUUCACAUUCUCCUGAAUCAACGCAGCUGACU